AUGGACAGCGCACUGACCGAUGUGCCCAUGGAGGGCGAAGAGGCACCCAAGCGCAUUUUUUAUAAUAUGCCCGAUGAAAUGGUUGGCGCCGAAGAAGACAUUGAAGAAGAAGAGCUGCCACCAGCGCCUAUAAAAGAAAAACCAGACACUGGCGUACCGCCGCCUGCCCCCAGCGUUGAUGCUCACGAUGCUCUUCGUGUUGAUGCACUCCAUCUGGAGGGUGAACCUAUUAAUCAACUCUCUACAUCACGUCUCAUGGCUUACGUGGCUUACUCCGGUACGCAUGCGAAAGGCAUCGAAUGGAUCAAUGAUACCCGCUGUGUAAUUGUAUUCGACUCGUACGAGCAUGCGUUGCAAGGUUUGGAGCGUCUAUGUUACGAUCCAUGGGAAGAGACAAGGUUUCCAGAAGACGUAGCGAAUGAAAACAAGGACGUUUUAUUGCGUCCAUGUCUGGCGAUGGCCUUCCCUACCAAGCUCUACAAUGCCAUGGAACAAGAAACAGCCUCCGAGCUUCCUGCAUUGCAGAGCCAACUCGAUGAAGCACGCGCGAAAUUGGAAAGUGCCGCAGAGCCCAUGCCUGAAAUUUACCGUGACAUGGAGAUGGAGGAAAUGGAACGCAAAAUCUUUUCGCGCGAUCAUCGCCGUAUGAAGCAGCUCCGACAGCCUUUGUGGGUCCGCUUUGCAUUACAGCAUCACGAUACAAAGUCGCCCAGGUCGGCAUCGAAGAGCAACUGGUACCGUCAGCAUGGACGCGGAGCUGGAAAAGAAGUGGUCACACGCUUGCUAGAUGUAGGUGACGUGGCUUGGUCACGUCGUCGCCGACGAAACCGUGGCGGCGAUCGGAAGCGGAGAGAUAGACCACAGGACUACGAGGAAGACUACACGCCACUUUCUCUUCGCGACCGGAUAGGCGGUGUACGACGCGAUCGUGACUGGGAUGACGACGACGCAGGCCGUCUUGUACGUGAUCGUUCUGCCUCGCCAGACCGUGGAUCUGAUGUCCGUAUCCGUGGUCGUGGUUCUGCCUAUGCGCCUCGAUCACGGGGCUGGGACUCAUGA